AACCAAGAUCAAAAUCCAACUCUAGUACAACAAAUCCGAUAACUCCUCUCUCUCUCUCUCUCUCUCUGAAAAGAACGAACUUCUGAAUCCUAUGUGAUUCUCAUGCCAGGUAAUAUCUGGGUUUAAUAGUGACUUGGGCAUUGGUUAUAAUCCUCUGAAAGCACAGGAAGUUUGCUUAUUGGGCUUUUGAAAUUCAAGAGCUGAUUUUUUAAGCAAGAUUUGGGAGCUAAUUUGAUUUGGUAUUUAGUGGAGAGAUAUGAAAAGUGAAGUUUGGAAGUGGGUUUUAGGUUUGAUAUAUAUAUUUGCUGUUGCAUCUAUCUGGAUAGCUGCCAGUUUUGUAGUACAGUCUGUUGUAGAUGCCGGUGUGUCCCCAUUUCUCAUCACGUACAUAUGCAAUUCACUGUUUGUGAUCUACAUUCCCUUAGUUGAGAUUGGAAGGUAUUUGGAGGAUUCAUGUGGCGGUUUGUGGUUUUGGAAAAGUAAGAAGAGUAGCCCCUUGCAAAGAUUAGGAGAGUCAGAGCAAACCACUCUUCUUGAGGAGGGUGAUGCAAUUGUGAAAAUGGAUGCGGAAGAUGGAGAAGUUAAUCUUGGUACAGAAACAGAACCAAAAGUUGUAUCAUACGAGCUUGUUGGGACUUCAACAACUGGAGACAAUGUCAACGAAACUGCUGAUAAGCAAGUGGAUGAAAAAGGGCGAUGGACGCGAACUCGAGUGGCAAAAGUUAGCCUAUUGAUUUCACCAUUUUGGUUUCUUGCACAGCUCACUUUCAAUUUGUCAUUGAAGUAUACUACAGUUACAUCGAAUACCAUCUUAAGCAGUGCAUCCAGCCUUUUCACCUUUUUGGUCUCUCUAGCAUUCUUAGGUGAGAAAUUUACUUUGGUGAAGUUUAUUAGUGUUCUUCUUUGCAUGGGAGGAACGAUAAUUGUCAGCCUUGGUGACUCACGAACUACUUUAAGUACAAUUGCUUCAAACCCUCUACUCGGAGACAUACUUGCUCUUGUCUCGGCAGCCUUGUAUUCUGUGUAUGUUACCCUAAUUCGCAAGAAGUUACCGGAUGAGGAUGAUGAAAAAAGUGGCCGUGCCAGUAUGGCCCAGUUUCUGGGCUUUCUAGGGCUUUGCAACAUUCUUAUAUUUCUCCCAGUUGCCCUUAUACUUCAUUUCUCAAAGUUGGAGCCCUUUUAUAUGCUAACCUGGGAGCAGGUUGGCCUCAUUGUUGGCAAAGGUUUGUUGGAUAAUGUUCUGAGUGAUUAUCUAUGGGCCAAAGCUGUUCUUCUAACAACGACCACAGUAGCAACAGCCGGUCUAACGAUACAGGUUCCUUUGGCGGCAAUUGUGGACUCAAUGACUGGCCAUGCUCCUCAUCUUGCUGAUUACCUUGGUGCUGUGGCUGUCAUGAUUGGAUUCACGGGCAUAAACAUUCCCACUGAUGCUUUUAACAAAUCAAAUGAAUCUAUGCAUGUACUAGAGAAGGAAAAUAUUGGUCUGACCGUUGAAGCUCACAAUUCAUCAGGCACGCCAGAUUCAGCUGCCCCUUCAUAGCACGAUGAGGUUACUCUGAAUGCAAAUAUAUGUUGUACUAUACCGCUUAUUAGAAAUUUUUGUAAAUGCAACUACGAUAAAAGUUAGUUAAUUACGUAAUUACUGAUUGCCUGAUAUAAAAAGAAGCAUUAGUUGCAAUACUAUUUACUUUCAUGUUAGGAUUGUCUUUCUCAUCCUAUCAUUCGAUGGUAGAAGAAACAGUAAGUUAUGUUUCUGGUGGA